UAAAAAAAAAUAAAAAAUGACAAAUCGUCUCCUCCGCGUGGUUACAGAUCGACAGAUCCCACAUGCGCAUUCAAUUUGAUGAGCCCACCCCACUGUGAGAUCCAAUAUUCUUCGACUCGCCAUUGCAAUUGCAGAGGAGAGCAGAGCGAUACAAGUGGGGAGGACAGAGAUGAGCAGAAGAUCGGGGGCUUGCUUGCGCUGCUGCUUGGUGAUUUUUGCAGUCGUUUCCGCCCUCUGUGUAUGUGGGCCGGCGCUCUAUUUUAAAUUCCAGAAAGGCUUGAAAUUCAAGGGAGCUGCUACUGCUGCGGCCUCCUCUUCUUGCCCUCCCUGCGUCUGCAAUUGCGCGCCUCCCCAAUCGCUUUUCCAGAUUGUUCCCGGGUUGGCUAAUCUCUCUGUUUCAGAUUGUGGAAAAGAUGAUCCUGAUCUCAAGGAAGAGAUGGAGAAGCAAUUUGUGGACUUACUAUCCGAAGAACUGAAGCUGCAAGAAACAGUCGGGGAAGAGCACUCUAAACACAUGAAUGUUACCUUAUGGGAAGCAAAAAGAUUGGCUUCUCAAUACCAAAGGGAAGCCGAAAAGUGCAAUGCUGCUACCGAAACCUGUGAAGCAGCCAGAGAGCGAUCGGAGGUUCUUCUUGCAAAGGAGAGGAAAAUAACUUCUUUGUGGGAACAAAGAGCCCGAAAACUCGGCUGGGAAGGGGAAUAGUUACACACCGGAAAAAUACACUUACCUUUUAUCCAGCAUUCUACACGGUGAUCAACCCAUACAGGACGAAAUCCGGACACCUAUCCAAAGCAAGCAAGUUUACGGUAAUGGCUCUUAUAGUUUCUUGUUUCGCAUUCUUUUCUAGCUACUUGUAUUUAAAUCUUAUUGCACUCUAGAUAACCUAUGUUUUCGCACAAUCGCGAGCUUACACGAUCGAUCUUUUGUUCCGGAUGUCUGAACAUGUCUUAGCCUUGUGGAAGGAUCUCUAUAAAUUCCUGCAAGAAAUGGCAAUAGUUUUCUGCAAUUUUUAA